AUGGCCUUCACUCCCACACCUGAUCCUUCUCAAACUACAGACUCUCCUAUCCCAGAACCAACUGGGCAAAAUUGUGACGCAUGCUCCAACGACCUGGGAUCUUCUAGCUGCGCUGCUGACGAUGAUGAGUGUCUUUUAACAGAAUGCGAAGCCAAUGAGCAGUGCGAAACCUGUGGUUUUGACUGUUCUUCCAUCAUCGGCACACUUUUCCGUAGGCGCAAUGGUUUUAUUGCACGUGCCAUCAUCAGCGCUCGUCCGAGACAGAUGCUCAAGAAGCUAUCUCGCCGCAAUGUGAUAGAACCGACAUCACUCGCACGCGUUUCCGAUCUCGAUCGCAUUCGCUCACUUCGCAAGCGCGUUGAGCACAAACCAGCUUGGAAGAAGUUCGCCCCCAAGGGCGUCAAAUACUAUAAGAUGCUUCAGGAUAAGCCACUUGAAGAUAAGGUAGAGCCAAAGAUGUGCGAAUUGGACGCUUAUUUCGAUGUGAGUAAGACCGGCCCGACUGCAUUGCGCGCGCGUUCAAAGCAAGCUCUGUUCGAAAAGUUGGGUAUCGCUUCCACCCAGUCGUACUACGCCUUCGGGGCUGUUGGCCCUAAAGAGGGAACCUCUAUUGCCGACUUCCAGGAAACGAUCAGCGCAGAACAGGGUAUAUUAUUCGCCAACGCCAACGAUCGAGGUGAGAAGAAAAAUGGCAAAGGUGAAGUAAUCCAAAAGCCUAUUCCUUACCAAAUGAGCACUGUUGCUUGGUGGAUGUGGAAGCACACCGUCAUGCUAUCCAAACCCCAAGGGGAUCCAAACUCGGAGAUGAAAGAGGAAGAUUUCGACUUUUCCAACUUCAAGUACUUCUUCCGUGUCAGUAUCAAGAACCACGAUACACUUGAGAUAUUGGAAGAGGCCCUGGGGAAAUCCACAGCUCCAAAGGAAUUCACGCCUGAAGAUCAGAGCGAGGAUAAUGGAUUUUGGCCAUUGCUAGGCAGCCCUAAUGGCAACGGUAUCGCGUGGUUUCUUGCUGAUCAUAAGAAGUCCCUGAAAGGGAAAACAAUCGUGAAGCUCACUGCGUGGUUUCGGGAAGAUGCGGGCGAGUAUCACAUGUGGGCUACAAUCAACUAA